AUGGAGUCCCUGAUGAAGCCAGCGGCUCUCCUCCUCGCCCUUUGGUGCUGCUGCAGUGCUCAACGCGUUGACUACAUAGUUCCACGUCGAGGCAGCUCGAACGGAGCAACGCGGGUUAUGAUUGAAGGAAGCGGUUUUGCCCAGGAGAAACAGUUCCAGCUGAAUCCAAAGGACAACGAUUUUGGUAACCGGGUGAUCCUGGUGUCAGGCACCCUGUCGGUGCCCUGCGAUGUGGAGAGAGACUCCACGCACAGCAGCCGGAUCACGUGUGUCACCAGAGCCAUGCCGCGUGGUCAGUACUCGGUCCGUGUGAGCGUGGACGGUGUCCCCAUUCCCGAUAACAGUCUGUGCAGAGGCAACCCCAACGCAGCCCAUUGCAGCAUCUAUUCUGUCCCGUAUCGCACGCCUUCUAUCUACACUCUGAGUCCAGCCAGCGGGCCCCCAGGCAGCUUGGUGACAGUACGAGGACGGAUCUUCACCGAUGUGUACGGGAGCAACACCGACAAGAGCUCCAACGGCCUUAACGUCAGGUUUCUGAGGGCCUACAUGGGAGGAAUGCCAUGUGAGCUGCUUAAACCGGAGUCAGAUGAACUAUAUGACCUUCGACUGGACUCGGAGUCUUCUACCUGGGGAUACAUGAGCUGUAAAAUGACGGGGACAUACGUUGGGCAUCACAACUUGUCUUACAUUCUUGAUGAUGAAUUUGGAAGGAGUUUACCAGACAAGAAGCUGUUCAGGGUUUCAGCUUCGGGCAAGCUCUCCAUGUUUCAGACCUUUGCAGAGGUGACUGGAGUCUCGCCAUCGGCGGGCAGUGUCAUGGGCGGAACCCUGUUGACCAUCCACGGCCGAUUCUUCGACCAAACCGACCGGCCAGCGCGGGUUCUUGUUGGAGGCCUGCCUUGUGAAAUCCAGACUGUGUCCGACAACAGAAUCACGUGCAGGUCGGCCAAGCACGAGAUGGACGUCAACAUGACGGUCCAACCAGGUGGAAGAGGCUUGAAGAUGGAGGUGUGGAACGACACAAGACCCAGAUACCUGACUGACAUUCGGAGCUACAAUGAGAACACCACUGGAUACUGGACGGAGUGGGUCGACUCCAUGCCCCACGUCUUUGCGUUGGAACUCAAUUAUUUCAGCUCACGAACCAGAGGCUUCUUUGUCCCCCCUGUCAGCGCCAACUACACGAUGUACCUGCACUGUGAUGACCGGUGUGAGCUCUACCUCAGCAACUCCAGCCGCCCAGAAGACAAGGUUAAAGUUGCGUACCAGACAAGGUAUGUCUCGGAUUUCACGAAAAUGGAAUCGCAAAAGUCUGAAACAAUGGCUCUAAAGAAAGGAAAAUACUACUACAUGGAAAUUCUGCAUCAAGAAUAUGCCGGUGUUGCGAGUGUCAACAUUGGCUUGUUCCAAGAGGAGAGUACCUUUACAGAAGACCAGACGGACGAUGCAGUCAAUGAGGUUCAGAAUAUCGUGGCUGAAUACGACGUGUUCGACGAGCAACAGGUCGUGACCUUUGACUCCUGGCCCAGCAAUGUCGCUGCAGUCAAAGAGGUCCAGAAGGUAACCGUCAGCAGUGGCUGUGCCAGCCAUCUCUGUGGGAGCACCUUCUUCAGCCUGGGCUACGGAGACGCAAAGACAGGACCGAUUCCAGUCACGGCCUCAGCUGGUGUGGUGGAGGCAUCCUUGAACAGUCUUUGGACCAUCAAACCCGACACAGUCCAGGUCACCAAACAGGACGACGGCCAAGGAUCCAACUACGUGGUCACAUUCGAUUCUGACAGAGGGGAUUUCAAUCCUCUACACUGGGAAGUUUUUGGCUCCGACACUAACGUUACCGUUGCUGAGGUUACAAAGGGGAUAAGCAACAUGGAGACCUUCACUCUCCUCUGGGGGGGAAUCCCCACAAAGCCCAUCGCCUUCAAUGCAACUGAGUCUGAGGUGCAGUCAGCUCUGGAGGACACGAUGAAAGCCGAGUGUCCCGCCGAGGUCCUGACCUCCGAAGGGACUGAUGUGAAGUACUUCAACGACUUUGAAGGUGACAACUCUCAGUUCAACAGUGCUGUGGAAGGGACUCCCAUGAAAAGCAUAGCUUUCUGCGGCCUGUGGUCACUGAAGAACGCAGAGGUCCUCUUCAAGGACACUUACACCAAAGAGUCUGGUGGCAGCUACGGAUCGGUCUCAUUGGACAAGUAUCCCACGCUUUGCUUUGCCUACAGGGGGAUGUUGAAGGAUGAGGUCGGAAUGAAGUUCAGUUACCGCGACAGCCAAGGCAAAACCCAGACAGAGACCGCAAAGAUCAGCACUCUCUUCAAUAAGGGCAACCAAUGGAGCUACAAAUGCAUGGACCUGCAGAGCUCCCUGCAGACCGACUUCAUCGGAAGCAGAUACAAUCUGCAGGAGUUUUACCUCUACAAAGACGGGGGAGAUUUCUAUGUGGACGCCAUUCACAUUGGGAAGCAUCCUACCACUACUAAUGAAAACGCCGUUCCCCACAGAAGGAGGCCUCGGCCCUUUGAGAGCUCUGGCCGUUCCUUCGAGGUGAUCGAUGUCGCCAAAGACAUGUCGACCGCUUCACAGAUCAGCUACGAGAUCAAAGCCACACCAGUCGAAUGUGCCUUUGGUUUCCCGCUGCUAGGAGUUGGCUUCCUGCAGAUGUCCAACAGCAGCGAGGAUGCAGCCGAGUUCAGGGAUGGAGCAGCCUCCGUCAGCAUCGCUCGCCCUCACAGAGCCAGCCCUCCUCUGAACGGCACCUUCGACGUGGAGAUCUACGGAGGCCGAGCUGAAGGUCUGUCUGUGGACAUCGGCGAGGAGGACCUGAAGUACGCUCUGCAGGGAAUCGUGGGGAUGGGCGAGGUCGGGGUCAGGAGGCAGGGAAGCUGCAGACACCCCAAGUGGAGGGUCGAGUGGCUCACCAGACCCGGAGACCAGCCUCUGAUCCAGGUUGUCCGCUCAUCGGUCGUCGGCCAAAAUGCGGUUGUUUGGGCGCAAGAGAAGAAGAAGGGAGGACUGUUGACACGAAGCCUGACAGGAGAUUACUUCCGUGUCUGGGAACCCAAACCACAGGUGGAGGUUUACAUCAACGGCAUUCCCUCAAAGUGUUCUGGCGACUGCGGGUAUGACUGGUCUGAGGACAAGACUCCAGUCGUGACUGGAAUCAGCCCAUCUCAAGGAUCUAAUGGUCUGGGAACUCUUCUGACAGUCACUGGGACUGGCUUCAGUAGUGAAAACGCCUCCAUCCUUGUGGGAAAGACCCGGUGCCUUGUUGAACAGAUCACCGCUACCACUCAGGUGUGCAGACUGGGCAGCGCCAGUGCAGGUACUUACCCCGUGUUGGUCAGCUUCCCCUCUCUGGGUGACUCACGCUGGGCAGGAGGCCACGUCUUCCACUUCACCUACCAGCUCAUUGUUUCCUCCUUCUCCCCGCUCUCUGGAAGCGUGGCAGGAGGCACUCUGUUGACAGUGACAGGCUUCGGCUUCAGCCAGAACACCACAGUUACUGUCGGCGGCGACGAGUGUGCCGUGGUUCAUGCCAGUGACACUGAGCUGAAAUGCAGAACGCCAGCAGGCUCUGCAGGAUCACAGUCCAUCACCGUCAUGGUGGGAAACAUGAGUCAGAUCGCCAGCAGCUCCUUCACCUACGAUAACAACCUCACAGCCCAGAUCUCCGGCCUGAGUCCACGCAGCACCACUGUGAUUGGACGUGAGGUUCUCACCAUCCAGGGCUCAAACCUGGGAGGCCCAGACAACGACAGCGUCGUGUUCGUGGGUGGGGAGGUGUGUGCGACGGUGCAGUGGGCGGCGACAAGCAUCACCUGUCAUCUCCCUGUGCUGCCGCCCGGCACGCACAAGGUGGAUGUACAACUGGGGAACAAUGGCAACCCCAAGACAAGCAACGGUGUAAACGCCACCAUUGAAUACAUCCUGGAAAUCUACAGCAUCUCCCCACAGCAAGGCUCCUUGAUGGGAGGAACCAUGCUGACUGUGUCUGGGUCUGGUUUCAGCAACAAUGCCUCUGACAACCAAGUCUCCGUCGGAGGACUUGAGUGUGAAGUGAAGGCCGCCUCAGAGAACGAACUGCAUUGUGUGUUGCAGUCGGAGGACAAGACCCACAUUGUCACCAACCAGGGAUCCCACCGCACUUAUGGACUGGGGUAUGCAUGGAAUCCGGCCUCACUGACGGUGUUCGUGGGAGACACAGUAAUGUGGCGCUGGGAGGCACCGGCCUUCCAGAGGCACACUUACGGGGUUUCUAGUGUUUCCAGCCCCAGUAACACCACCUACAAUGGGGGACCACUCUACAGUGGAGACACCAAGACAUCCAAAGGGGUUUUCGCCUACCGCUUCACGGCGCCCGGCGUUUAUUACUACAGCAGCGGCUACAUAGACGACGCCAUGUCCAGGAGCCUGCAGGGAGCCGUGAAAGUGGAGGCUCGGGCGGAGAGGAGCAGCGGGGUCUCCGUCAGCGUGGGAGGCAUGGAGGCCAGACACGUGAUGGGAGGUUCUCGUCGCGUCUCCAGAGCAACCUCAGAGUGCGUCGCCUCCCCACAGUGCCCGCAGAACAAUGUGACCUCAGGCGGCCUUUCCUUCAGCACCUCCGCCUGCUCCACCCCCACAGUCAACUCCAUAUCUCCCAACCAGGGAUCGUACCACCAGGUCAUCCACAUUGAGGGCACAGCCUUCAGUGACACCGCCUGUGCUAAUGAGGUGACGGUGGGAGAUCAGCCGUGCCAGGUGAUCAACAGCUCCCACUCUGAGAUCAACUGCCAGCUCAGCGGCGACAGCCAACUUCCUAUCGGCGUCGCUCUCCCUGUCGCCGUCAGAGUCAAUAACCUGGGCAGCGCCAUUAUCACCGUGCCCAACGAGCUCGGCCGCCGCUUUGUGGUUCUGCCAGUGGUCGACUCGGUCUCGCCUCCCGUCGGCAGCCCCACCGGACACACGAGACUCCUCGUCCGUGGAUCUGGCUUCUCUGGAGAAGAGGUUACUGUAGCCGGUGAGCCGUGCUCCGUCGUGUCGGUCAAUUACACUCACAUCACCUGCGACACCGCUCCCUCUCAGCCGCAGGACGGUGAUGUCGUCUUCCACGUGGGAAGGAUCCAAAGCUCCUGUCAUUCAGACUGCUCCUUCAAGUACUCCUCCUCCGUCACUCCCGCCGUCUCCAGUAUUUCGCCCGACAGCAUCAGCGACCCGACCACCGUCACCGUCUCCGGUUCAGGGUUUGGCAGCAGUGUGGAUGACGUGGCGGUCUUUGCCGCCACUUUGGAGCUGGAGGUCAGCGCCGUGACUGAUGGCAACAUUACGCUGAUGGUAAACGCCCUGCCUGCGGGCGAACACCCAGUCAGAGUGAUUGUGAGAAGUAAAGGCCUUGCAUCCGGCUCCGUCACGCUGAGCAGCCGUGCCCAAGCCACCCUUAGCCCUGACGUGGGCAGCCUGGCUGGAGGGACCCCUCUUGUCUUCAUCGGAAACGGCUUCGCUCUGGGGAACACCAGCGUGACGGUCGGGGGCUCGGCGUGCGAGAUUCAGGAGGCGACGCCGGGUCUGCUCCGUUGCCUGACCCCUCCUCACGGCGAGGGGCUGGUGUCUGCUGAAGUCCAGGUUUUCUCGGUGCAGUAUCCUCCGAUCAACUUCACGUACUCUGCAGCCCACACUCCAGUCAUCAGCUCCAUCAGCCCCAGCUCUGGGCCGAGCGGCGCGUCAGUCACGCUGACAGGCUCAGGAUUUGGCAACGACUCCCAGCGGGUCUCCGUCACCAUAAACCAAGUCCCCUGUGUCGUGUCCAACGUCUCCGACAGGCAGGUUCAGUGCACUGCAGGAGACAACCCGGGGGGGGCAUACCCAGUCGCGCUGCACCACCAGGUCAAAGGUCACGCCCAGUCCGAGGUCAUGUUCACACACGAGCUGACUCUGACCAGCGUGCAGCCCAACGAGGGAAGUUAUGGUGGGGGCGCUCUGCUGUCGGUGCAGGGUUCUGGGUUCGACCCGCACAACUCCACUGUGACGAUCUGCGGAGAGGAGUGUGAAGUUCACCAAGAGAUGUCCACAUCGUCCCGUCUGUACUGCCAAUCUCCGUCCAUCAACGACACUCAGCCCGAGGUGAGAUGCGUGGUCGCCGUCAUCAACCAGCUGGACGGCGUCAACAUAUCUGACGGCUACUCCUACAAAUCUCAGCUGACUCCGGUGAUCGCUGAGGUCUCUCCGCGCAGAGGAGGCACCGCCGGAGGCACCAGGCUCACAAUCAGCGGCUCUGGUUUCAGCACCGACAUUACUGAAGUCAACGUGACCAUUGCGGGCUCCGUGUGUGAUGUUCAGUCCACCAACAGCACACACGUCAUCUGUGUGACCAACUCUCAGCCACAGUCUCAGGAAACCAAAGUCCGACUCAGCAUCGGAGAGCGAGGCAUCGCCAAGAUGGAUAACGCAGACUUCUUCUACGUUGACGUGUGGUCGUCCAGGUUCACGUGGGGCGGUCUGUCUCCACCCGAGAAGGGCUCGUUUGCCGUCAUCACUAAAGGACAGACCAUCCUGCUGGACACAAGCACCCCUGUGCUGAAAAUGCUCCUCAUUCAAGGAGGCACGUUGGUGUUUGAUGAAGCGGACAUCGAGUUGCAGGCAGAAAACAUCCUGAUCACGGACGGUGGACUGCUCCAGAUCGGCCAGGAGGGGGCGCCAUUCCAGCACAAAGCCAUCAUCACACUCCACGGAAACCUGCGCUCACCUGAAAUACCUGUUUAUGGAACCAAGACGCUGGGUGUCAGAGAGGGAGUGCUGGACCUUCAUGGUAUUCCAGUUCCUGUCCCCUGGACCCACCUGGCCGAGACGGCGGCCAGCGGCUCCGUCACGCUGACUCUGAUGAAGGCGGUGACAUGGAAAGUUGGAGAUGAAAUUGUCAUCGCCUCCACUGGACACAGGCACAGCCAGAGAGAGAACGAGCAGAUGAGGAUCGCCGCCGUGUCCGCCGACGGCAGGACCAUUACCCUGACCGAACCGCUCAAGUACGCCCACCUCGGGGUGAGCGUCACGCUGCCCGAUGGUACGGUGUUUGAAGGCCGAGGCGAGGUGGGUCUCCUCACCAGGAACAUCGUGGUGCGAGGCUCCGAACACCAAGAAUGGGACGAAACGAUCGAAGCCUGCCCCGACGGCUUCAACACAGGUGAAUUCAGCACCCAAACCUGUUUCCAGGGAAGGUUUGGAGAGGAGACUGGCAGCGACCAGUUUGGAGGCUGCAUCAUGUUCCACGCACCCACACCAAGUCAGAAUCAAGCAAUAGGCAGACUGGAAUACGUUGAGGUCUACAAUGCAGGACAGGCCUUCAGACUGGGACGUUAUCCCAUCCACUGGCAUCUGAUGGGAGACGUCGACCACAAGUCAUACGUGCGGGGUUGUGGUAUCCACCGGACCUUCAACAGGGCCGUGACCAUCCAUAACACCCACAAUCUGGUGGUGGAGCACAACGUCAUCUACGACAUCAUGGGUGGGGCCUUCUUCAUCGAGGACGGCAUCGAGACGGGGAACAUCCUGCAGUACAACCUGGCCGUGUUUGUCAAACAGAGCACCAGCCUGCUGAACGACGACGUCACGCCCGCCGCCUACUGGGUCACCAAUCCCAACAACAUCAUCCGCCACAAUGUUGCCGCGGGGGGCACCCACUUCGGCUUCUGGUACCGAAUGCACGAUCACCCCGACGGCUCGUCCUACGACCGGAACAUCUGCCAGAAGAAGGUUCCCCUCGGAGAGUUUUACAACAACACCGUGCACUCCCAGGGCUGGUUCGGCCUUUGGAUCUUCAAGGACUACUUCCCCAUGAAGGACGGAGGCUGCAACUCCAAAAUACCCGAGCCUGCCGUCUUCCGCUCCCUCACCGCCUGGAACUGUGAGAAAGGCGCCGAGUGGGUCAACGUGGGCGCUGUGCAGUUAAACGGCUGCAUCAUGGUCAACAACGAGAAAGCCGGUAUCGAAGCGAAGCGCAUCCUGCCGUCGUUUGUGAGCAACUACGGAGAGGCAGGGGGGGCGACCAUGUCCAACAGCACCAUCGUGGGCCACUUGGAUGAGCUCGGACUGGGAGAUAGCUACUGCACGCGACGGGGUGUCAUUGCGCCGUUGGACGACGGCCUGAGUGUCCUCAACACCAAGUUCAUCAACUUCGACCGUAGCUCUUGCGCAGCCAUCGGGGUGGCCUCAAUCGAUGGGACGUGUAAGGACCUCUGUGGUGGCUGGGCUGUCAGGUUUAGUGGGAACCAGUACUUCAACUCCCCCAACAAGGCCGGCUUCAGGUGGGAGCAUGAGGCGCAGCUGGUGGACACUGAUGGUUCCCUCACAGGAAACAUCAACCACAAAGUGGUGCCUAUGAGCCCCCUGCUGGACCCCGCUCACUGUUCUCAGAGUGACGAGUGGAGCGUGGGCUUCCCGGGCGCCGUGUGCGACCACACCGUCAACUUCCACCGUUUGUCGUUCAACAACCCGUCGCCGGCCUCUCUGAAGGCCAAGGACGUCAUCUUAACCAACUCCCAUGGCAGCAGUGUGAUUCCCUAUCUGAAGAAGAGAAUGACUCAUAAGUUCGGCUGGAUGGCCAUGUUGCCUUCUGGACAAACGUACAACUGGUACUUCAAAGAUAUGGAUCACAUCACUAACAUCUCUUAUGCUGCAAAAUUCUACGGCUUCGGUUCGGAUCAAUAUGUGAUCAUCAACCACAACUUCACCCAGAGUCCAGACAGAUUCCGUAUCAUCGAUGAGAGGAACGGCUCGGCGACGCCGCUGAGCUUCAGUGACAACCAGAACGGGGACUGGUACUUUGACAACAGCUCCAACAACCUCUACUACAUCGUAUCUGGGAAGAUGAACCAGCGCAGGCGUCGUGCCAGCGUGGACCGCUCCAUGAUGGACUCCCGGGUGAACUUCAGGGUCUAUCGCUGCUUCUACCUCAACUGCAUCCAACCAACACCACCUCCUCCAGCCACACUUGCCCCCUUACCCAGCCACCGGCCUGACAACUUCAUCCGGUGGUCUGAUGCCUCUUUCUGGACAAGCUCACCUGAAAACAACUUCGCUGUACCUGCAGAGGGCGCUGAUGUGGUCAUCCCGUCAGGGAAGUGGGUCGUGUUGGACAGUGACACUCCUCCCCUCAACAAGCUGACAGUCAUUGGAGUUCUGGAGAUCCCGGACAACAUGAACAGCUCGUCCUCCAGACAGGCCCGGGCCGCACCAGAAUACAGCACUUUGGUGAUAGAUGCUGUCUACAUCUCCAUCCAGGGCGGCAGGCUGAUUGCAGGGUGGGACGACGAGCCGUUCCGAGGUCAGCUGCACAUCAAACUGAGAGGGAACCACGGCACGCCGGACUGGCCUCUGCCCAACGGGCCCAACCAGGGGUCCAAAGUCCUGGGUGUGUUCGGUACACUGGAGCUCUAUGGACAACCUCACAACGUUUACCAUACCAAACUGGCCGCCACCGCUGACGCUGGAUCCAACACUCUGAACCUGGCGCAGUCUGUCGACUGGCAGGUCGGAGACGAGGUCGUCAUCUCCACCACCAGCUACAAUGCGUGGGAGACAGAAAAACACCAGAUCACCGCCGUGUCAGCAGACGGCCACCUCCUGACCCUGGACCAGCCUUUGACCCACACUCACAUCGGUGAGACUCACUCCGUCUCAGGUACGUCGUUCUCCUACACUCUGGCGGCUGAUGUCGGCCUCGUGACCAGAAACAUUAAGAUCAUCGGUCAGGAGUAUCCAGAGAUGAUGGCCGAGUCGUUCGGAGCCAGACUUUUGGUUGGCAGCUACUCCUGGGACGGAAUCGACUACAAAGGCAAGGCUCAGAUCAGGAACGUGGAGUUCUUCCGCUCUGGUCAGGAAGGCUGGACCGACUACACUGACCCUCGUUACUCUGUGGCCUUCCUCAACCUUGGACAGGUUUCAGAAGAAGACUCAUACAUUCAGGGUUGCGCUUUCCAUGAUGGCUUCUCCCCUGCCAUCGGAGUGUUUGGGACAGAGGGACUGAACGUUGACGACAACAUUGUCCACCGCACUGUGGGAGAAGGUAUAAGAAUUUGGGGCGACAAGAUAAAAGUGAGGGGGAACCUGGUGAUGAUGACACUGUGGCCUGGCUCGUAUCAGGACAGAGAGGAACACUUCAACUACGCCUGGAACGCUGCCAUCGAGGUUAAUGAGGGGACAAAUGUGGUGCUGCAGCAUAACAUUGUGGCAGGUUACGAGAGAGUUGCUUAUCGCAUCGAUGGCGAACCGUGUCCAGGUUACUUGAAUGAGAAUGAGAAUUGGAUCCACAACGAGGCUCACGGCGGUCUGUUUGGAGUCUAUCUGAACAAAGAUGGUCUGCCCGGCUGCAGCCUCAUCCAGGGCUUCUUUGUCUGGAGGAGCUUUGACUAUGGCGUCUACUUCCAGACCAGCGUGAGUGUUAUCGUUUCCAACGUGACCCUGGUGGACAACGGGAUGGGCGUCAUGCCUCUCAUCUACGCUCCUCCUUCUCUCUCCCACACGUACGCCGAUAAAACCGUUCACGUUCAGAAUGCCUUGAUUGUUGGCAGCAGCCCGAGCUUUAACUGUUCAGCCACUCUGCCCAGCAGUGACUUCAACAUGGCCAACAGCGCCGGCCACCGAGCCCCAAGACCUCUCACAGGUGGCAGAUCUGGAAUCUGUUGGCCAACUUUUGCAUCUGGACACAACUCUGCUCCAACUAAGGCCCAUCAUCUGAACAUGAACUACAACGCUAUCAAAGGACUGAUGAAAGUCACGGACACGACGUUCAUCAGUUUCGGUGAGGUCUGCUCCACCGAGAAGAACUUCAUGUUCAUUACCAACCCGAUCAACGAGGACCUGCAGCACCCUGUGCAGGUUUCAGGAAUAACGAUGGUGGAUAGCGUAGAGGAGGCCAAAGUCUUCAUCCACAGGCCUGACGUGAGUAAAGCGAACCCAGCUGACUGCGUGGACAUGGACUGCGAUGCGAAGAAGAAGAGCCUGCUAAAGGACUUGGACGGUUCGUUCCUGGGCGCAGUGGGAGCUGUGGUGCCUCAGUCCGAGUUUGAGUGGGGAGGUGAUCCCAGGAGAGGGCUGGGCGACUACCGCAUCCCCAAGGUCAUGCUCACUUUCCCCAACGGCAGCCGCAUCCCUGUGAACCAGAUCGCUCCACACAAAGGUGUGAUCAGGGAAGGCUGCACGUACAUGAGUUCCUGGCAGAGCUACAAGUGUUUCGGGCUGAACUACAGGAUGCUGGCGAUUGAGAGUCUGGACUCUGACACAGAGACCAGGCGUCUGUCCCCCGUCGCUGUGCUCGGAGACGGAUAUUUGGAUCUGAUCAACGGUCCUCAGGAUCACGGUUGGUGCUCGGGCUACACCUGCCAGAAGAGAGUGUCUCUCUUCCACAGCAUCGUGGCCACCGGUCACUCCUUCGACGUCUUCUUCACCAGCGUCAGCCCUCAGAAACUUCGACUCAUGAUGCUCAACUCAGAUCCAUCUGAGAGCAUCGUAGUGUCAGUCUUCUACUCCAAGCCGCAGCGGUUGGACGUGUACGUAGACAACAAUCUGGUUGCUCCGACUAACGUCCUGUGGAACUCUGACAACUCUGACUACACCCUGAAGAAGCCCAGCUAUCCAGGUCAAUACGACCCCCAGCUGAACGCCACUCUGGGCACCAACUACUUCGACCAGGAGUACAAGAUGCUGAGUGUCGUGGUGAGAGGCUCCCAACCGGUCGAGAUCCGAACCGCUCCGGUUCUCAUCAUCUCCUUCGAGCUGCCCGCCAUGACCGAGGACGAGUUCUUCGGAGAGGGCCUGAUUCAGAACCUUGCUACGUUCCUCAAAGUUCCCCCAAACAUGAUCCGAAUCACCAAAAUAAUCCGGGAGGAUGGAGGCGCGCGGCGUAGGAAGCGAUCCACAGGCCUGAAGGUGGAGAUGGAGAUCAAGAAACCUCCAGUCCAGCAAACAACCAACACCACCAACGAUGAGGAGGACUUUGUGCUGUUGCAGAACAUCGCUGAUGAUCUCGGUCAGGCAUCCGUUUCAGGAAGCCUUAGUCAGUCCAUCGGCUUCAACGUCUCUUCCAUGGGCAUCAUCCCUCCUCCUCCUCCGUCAUCUGACCCUAGCUGGAAUGAGGAGGCCACAGAAGAAGUGACGAGGGAGGAGCCGACGGUGAGCUUCGUGUCCAGCGUGAGCGACCUGCUGCUGAUAGAGGAGCCGAUAGCCGGGGAGUUUGUGGGUCAUCUGCACCAGCAGCCCAGUCUGAUGGCUGUGGAUGAGCAGGGUAACUGUGUCUCUGUUGGAGUGACGACUCUCGCUGUCACAGCCAGCCUUAAGGACGCCAGCGGGAGCAGCGUAGGCGGACUGGAAGGAAACACCACUAUCCGGUUCACCAACUGCUGGGCAAACUUCACCGACCUGUCCAUUCAAAACAGCGGUGAGAACGUGACCAUGGUCUUCACUCUGAAGGAGUGGGGCGCAGAGUCUCGCUCCUUCUCCGUCAAAGACACUCCGACCACCCAGACGCCGACCACCACCGACGAGAGCAUCUUUGGCUCCGGCACCGCCGUGUCUGCCGGCAGUCUGUGUCUGGUCAGCGUCAUCUACGCUGUGGCCUGCUGCUCGGAUGACAUCCCCAUUUGCUAGACGGUUCUGUGAGGUUGAGAGGGUUUUUAUGAAGGAUACCUCAACACCUUAAAAAUAUUGUAUCUUGCAGAUGGCUCUCAUUUUUCUGGGGAUAAAUUUCACUUAGAAUUAAACAAAAGAAUAUGGAUGGGGGCUGUGAUUUCUUAAUACUCAUUGUUAUCCUAGGUAAAAAUCCAAAGCACCCACCCCUCUGUAAAGAGAAAGAGUGUGAUUUCUGUUUCUCUCCUUUGUUGUAUUAUGUGUAAA